GUUUCCCAGGCAACGGAAGAAAGACAACAAAACGGUGCGGGGAGGAAUUGACUUGAAUAACUGCGAAAGUUUACGAUCUUUUGACAUGUACAAACUUGUCGAGUGCAGAUAGUUGUAGUAGUUGUUCCUUACAGCAUUUACCUAAUGUUAACUUAUUUUACAAGUUGUGUACGGCAAAAAACAAACGAGAGAGAUUGCCUGGCCAUGACUUCAUUAUUGGGGAAAGAAAGUAGUAUUACGAGUUAACCAGCUCCAGUUUUGUAUCCUGCGUGCCUGCACACGUUGCGGUCGUGAUGGGUGAGGUGUGUGUGCGGGUUGCGGUUCGGGUCCGGCCGCUGCUGCCCAAAGAGGUUCUUCUCAACCACCAGGUGUGUGUGCGCGUGGUUCCCGACUCAGCCCAGGUGAUGUUGGGCGCUGACCGCACGUUCCCGUUUGACCACGCUCUCGGUCCAACAUCCCGGCAGGCCGACGUGUACGAGUCCUGCGUUAAGCCGCUGCUGGGACAGCUGAUUGAGGGCUACAAUGCUACGGUGUUCGCCUACGGUCAAACCGGCUCCGGGAAGACGUACACACUUGGCGGUGGGCAUGUCGCCGCCGUACCGGAGGAAGAAGCGGGGAUCGUGAGUCGUGUGGCACAGGAUCUGUUCGCUUUUCUGGAUGAGAAGAGCGAGGUGGACGCCUCUGUCCGGGUGUCGUACGUGGAGCUGUACCGAGAGGAGCUGCGGGACUUGCUGGAGCUGCACACGGAACAUAAGGAGCUGCACGUAAGAGAAGACGACCGAGGAAACACAGUUGUGGUGGGCGCCAGGGAGACGGCGGUGACCUCGGCCGAUGAGCUACUCGGCGUGCUGGAAGCAGGCAACGCCCUGCGCCACACCGGCUCCACCCAGAUGAACGAGCGCUCCAGCCGCUCGCACGCCAUCCUCACCCUGCAGCUCACCCAGCGUCGCCGCGACGACACGCUCUCCUCCAAGCUCCGCCUGGUGGACCUGGCGGGGUCGGAGCGGGCCGGUCGCACCGGCAGCACGGGCCAGCGCCUCAAGGAGUCCGUCCACAUCAACACCGGCCUGCUGGCCCUCGGCAACGUCAUCCGCGCCCUGGCGUCCGCUGGCGCCGGUCGCCGCGGCAACCAUGUCCCCUACCGGGACGCCAAGAUCACACGGCUCCUCCGGGACUCUCUGGGAGGUUCCGCCCACACGCUGAUGGUGGCGUGCGUGAGCCCCUCCCACCACAGUGUGGCGGAGACGCUGAGCGUGCUGCAGUUCGCCUCGCGGGCCCGGCACGUCCGGAACCGGCCGGGCGCCAGGGGGGCGUGUCCAGGGUGGGACCCGGGAGAGGCCCGCGUGGGUGAGCUGGAGCAGGAGGUCCAGACGCUCCGAGAAGCCCUGAGGGACAGGGACAGGACCAGACACACCAGCCAGGAAGAGGACGAGCCAGACAGAAAGUCCAGGAGGACGGAGGGGGAGGAGUCACUGUUCCGCUGCAUGGCCCAGGAAGCUGCGUUCCUGUUGGAGGAGCUUCAAAGAUCCCCCCACAGCGAUGACACGCUUCAGCGUCUGCAAGAGUGGCUGGAGAGACACAGGGAGCUCAGCCAAUCGGAGCAGCGCGCUGGGGCCGGUGGAGAUGAUAGGGGGGAGGGCAGGGGUGUGGAUAGCGGGGGGGGCAGGGGUGAAGGCCAGCACAUCACCAUCCUGCAGCUCAGACGUGAGCUCAGGAAAUGUCAGGAGGCGCUAGCUGUAGACGAGGUGGUGUUUGAGCAGAAGGAGGCGGAGCUGAGGGAGGUGCGGAGGGAGGUGCAGAGCCUCCUCCAGGAGAGACAGACUCAGCUGCGGGCCCUGGAGGAGGAGAGGGAGCACAGACGCAUCCAGAGUGACCAGUUGGUGGAGCAGCAGCUUCUGAUCGAUCGUCUCCGUGGCGACCUCCUGACAUCCAGAACCACGACGUCGGGGUUGUCGCUGGAAACGGGGGAUUCUGGGAGCUUAGCACCCAAGAGGCCUCACAGUGUGCCCCUCCUCAGCCAGGGCCACAGCAACACCAGGAAGAUCCACACCAGUCCUCCAGCCUACUCCCUGGAGAGGGUGCUGGCAGCCUUUAAGACCCGCAGCGCUCUGCUCCUCGCCCAGAUAGAGGAGCAGGAUGAAGUCCUCACACAGCACAUCCUGGAGGAGCAGAGGGGAGAGGAGGAGUUGGAGGAGGGGGAGGAGGAGGUGGAGGGAGGGAAGAGAUUCAGGCGUUCGAUGAACCGCACUUGGACGAGCAAACAGAAAACGACCCAGAACCCGGGUUCUGACCAGAACCACGAGAAAGAACUCAACCUACCUCCACUGAAAGGGGUCACUGCAGGUGCUGAGGACCACGAUGGACAGAGUCACAGGGAGGCGGGGCUACGAGCUAGCCACGCCCAGAGGCGGAUCCAAGAGCUGUCUGUCAACAUUCGCUUGAAGGAGGAGCUCAUUAGAGAACUGGAUAAAACUGGUGAGUCUCUCAGGACAGUGGACCCUGGGAAGACAGAGACUGCCAAUGACAAACAUCAGAGGGACACAGCUCAACUCAGAGACAAGAGGCAGCAGGUGAUCAGGGCGGGGCGUGGGGGCGGGGCUGGACGGCAGCGUGGGGGGGGCGCGCUGGGGCGACUGUCCCUGCAGAGCCAGCGCAGCCGGGCGGAGCUGCAGCGCAGCGUGGAGCAGAUGACACUGCAGAGAGACCAGCUGCAGCUUCGCCUGGGAGCCGGAGGGGGGGGAAGACACGCCCCUCAGACGGGACACGCCCCUCAGACAGGACACGCCCCUCAGACAGGACACGCCCCUCAGACAGUCGAGGGAAACGGCAUCUCCAAUGGCGUUGAAGAAAAGCAUCUGCAGGAGAGGAGGGCGUGGCUGGAGCAGGAGGAGGAGCUAGCGCUGCAGAGGAGGCGGGACUUACGGGAGCUGGAGGAGGAGCUAUGGAGGAGAGAGGAAGUGCUGCUCCACAGAGAGGCGUGUCUGCAGGAGAAGAGCCAGCUGGAGAUGAAACGGCUACGUUCCAGUCAGGCUCUGAGCCAGGACCUGCUGAGGGUGUCUGCUCGGCUGGUGGUGGUGGAGGAGGAGCUGGAGGGCGAAGGGCGGGGCGGGGCCUCCCUGGAGGAGCUCCGCAGGGAGAGGGCCGUGCUGAGGGAGAGGAGGGAGGCGUUCGACUGCCAGCUCAGGGAGGCCAGGCUACUCACGCCUCAGGAGGAACAUUCCCUGCUGCAGCUUGAGGAGGCGCUGGAGGCGCUGGACGCCGCGGUGGAGUUUAAGGACCGCUCAAUCCAGGAGAGACACACACAGCUGGGAGGCCCCGCCCACAACUCCCCUGCUGACCCCGCCCACCAUGAUGUCAUCAGGAAGCUGAGGGAGCUGUCGCAACCGGAGGCUUCAGCACUGCUGGUUAAGUACUUCAACAAGGUGGUGUGUCUGCGGGAGAGCGAGCGCCGCUUGGAGCUGAGCUGUGACGAGCUGCGUCUGGCCGGGGAGGAGCAGCGGGCCGCGCUGGCGGGCAUGGAGGCCGCACUGCAGCGCCUCACCCUGGACGCCGACCGCAAGCUCACCCUGCAGCACCGAGAGCAUCAGCACAGCAUCCAGAUCCUGCUGCAGCAGCUCCAGGAGGGCGGCUGCGGGGGUCCAGGUGAGGCUGAGCAGGCAGCACAAGCCAGGCUGCAGCAGGUGGAGAGAGACCUGUUCUUCUACAAGAGCAGCAGCCGAGAGCUCAAGAAGAAACUCAGAGAUCUGGUCAAUGACUCCCUCCACCCCCACCCCCACCCCUCCUCCCUCCACCCCCACCCCCGACCCCCCACGCAGGGCAGGGGCGAGGGGCAGGGAGGAGGAGAAGGAGGGGGUGAGUAUGUGGCAGGGGAGGUGGAGCUGACACCAGUCCGCCUGUCUGGCAGAGAACUGAGGCAGAUCUCCUCCGGCAACCUGAUGACCUCUACCCCUAGGGGGCAGUCCACCCUCAUUAGCAGCCGUGGUUCCUUCCAGGAGGACUCCAUCGAAGUGCCCAGAAACACAGACUGAUCAAUCAAUCAGUGGCUGGAAAGGAAGUCUAAAACCGACAUGAUGAUUAACUGACAAUAACAGCAUUAAGCAAUAACAGGAAGCUUCUGGUAUGACGGGAACAGGGUGACUGUAUGCUGUGUGUCCUUGUUACAUUCAUUGUACAAACAAAAAUGUUUGUCAAUGUGCUUCCUGGUCUGUGGAAACGUUUGAGGCGAAAUUCGUUCCAAUGAUUUAUCCUCCUAGUUUGAGGAUUUGACUUAUUUUCUUACUGAAUGGUGGAAGAAAGAGAGACUUGAUGUUAUGGUGCACAGUGAACCCUGUGGCACUUCAUGUCAUGGAUCAGGAUUCAUAUAAAAGCACUUUGAUCUGUGAACCAGGUUCACGUCUCAAAAUUGUGAAUUGUGUGUUUGCUAAUGUUGUUUUGUUUGUUGAUGUUUGUUUUGUUGGUUUCAUACUUUAUAAUUAAUAAAUUAUCUUCUGGUUUGGCAUAACAUGUUAAUAAACACUAACAGCGGUCAUAC